AUGCCUGCCCGCAAAAAAGAGAGUAAAAAGGCAGGCGCUGGGCGGUCUUCCAAGCCGGAUGAGCCGUCUACGUCUGUGGUGACUACCGACAUUGUGACGCUGCCUGUCGCUACGCUGCAGGACGAGGCGGCGUCGAGUGUCCCCCCCGUCUUUACCCGUGACGGGAGCUACGUGUUCUUGGUGCAGCACUGCACUGUGCUGGUUAUAUCGCGCGCGACGAACCAGGUUGUGGCGACGCUGUCUGGCGAGGUGACCGUGCCUGCGCAGCGGCAUCGUGCGCCGAUCACCGGCAUGUUGCUGAGCCCCUUCAACCCCCUCCAGCUGCUGACCUGUUCGCUGGACGGCACGAUCAAGACGUGGGACUAUCUCGACUCGGAGCUGCACGACGACAUGAAUGUCGGCUACCCCGUGUGUGCGAUGGGUGCGAAUGCCAUGUGGAAGCACCGCCUGUUUGUCGCUGUCGCCAAAGAAGGCGAGAGCGGCACGAGCUCGUCGAAGCGCAACACGACCAUCUACUCGCUGCAGCUCGGCCGCGCGUCGAUCCAGACACACAAAGCCGUGAAGCAGGUACGCCUCGGCAAGGCCCGCGACGUGGCGCACCUCGCUGUGUCGCCGAACGGCGCGUGGCUCGUGGCCCUGAGCGGCAGCAAAGUCCACCUCCUUUCUCUGCAUGAUACCAGCGCCGGCUUUGUCAAGUACAGCAGCGAGUCGCGGCUCACUGCGCUCGCGUUUCAUCCCGACGCCAACACGCCGCGCUUUGCGACGGGUGAGGCGAACGGCAAGAUCAAAGUGUGGUACUGCCUCGAGCAGUUUGCCGCGCUCGGGCGCGUGCCCGACGGUAGGGACGCGGCGCUGACCACGACGCUGCACUGGCACGCACACGGCGUCGCCGCGCUGCAGUACACGCCCGACGGCGCGCAGCUCCUGUCGGGUGGCGAAGAAGGCGUGCUGGUCCUCUGGAAGCUGAGCAGCGGCCAGGCCGCCGGCUCGGACGCGCGCGAGUACGUGCCGCGUCUCGGCGCGGGCAUUGUUGCGGUGGCCGUGGCGCAUGGCUUUGACAACCGCGAGCAAGAGUACGUCGCGCGUCUCGCAGACGGCAGUGUGGCGUUUGUCGCGAGUCUCAGCCUGAAGCUGCAGCGCAGCUUUGCGACGGUCAAGUGCGACGCGACGCGCGCGCUCCUCGACCGCGAUGCGCGUGCCGCGCUGCCGCACCCCCUUGCGCUUGACGCGGCCGCCGGCCACGUCGUGCUGACUGCCGGCCACCCCUCGACGCUGCAGUUUGUCGACGUCGGCUCGCAUGUGCACAUUCGCGACGUCGAGGUCGCCCCUUCGAACCGCGUGUCGCGCCCAGAGGACGAGGCGCUGACGCCCCCGCGCGUCCAGCACGUCGCCUUUUCGCACACGCCCGGCGCGGCGCACACCGAGUGGAUGGCGACGGUCGACGGCCGCGAAGGCGGUGCCUACACGAGCGAGCUCUCGCUAAAGCUCUGGCAGUGGGAUGCACGCCGCAAGACGUACGUGCUGAAUACCCGGAUCGACCACCCCCACGAGCAAAACAUCACUGCCUUGAGCUUCUCGCCGCGGGCGGGCGACGGCCUGCUGCUCGCCACCGCCGGCGCCGAGGGCCAGAUCAAGACGUGGCGCCUGACCGAGCGCAAGCUCAAAGGCGCGCGUACCGAGACCUUUUGGGUGUGCCGCUCGUCGCUCGGCUACCGCGGGACGACGCCGCGCGCGAUUGCCUGGGCGCCGGACGGCUCGCUGUUUGCCGUCGCCCAAGGCGUGUUUGUCACGCUCUGGGACCCGGAUACCCUUGUGAUGCAGGCGCGCCUCGCUGCGCCGGAGCUGCGUGCGGCAGAACAGUGCGUGUUUGUCGGCCGCAAAGGGCGGUUCCUCGCGGCGCUGGGCGCGUCGCGCCUCUUGAUCUGGGACCUGAUCGGCCAGAACGUGGUGUACACUGCGCCGUACGCCGUAAAGCACAUUGUCGCGCACCGCGACGGCAUCCUGGCCUCGGUCGACGAUGCGGACGGCACGCUCCUCUACUUUGUCCAGCCGCAGCGCCGCGACGCCGCGGCGGUGUACCGCGCGCCGCGCCUCUUGCACGGCGCGCUGCUCAACGUCGCGCCUGCCAGCGAGGAGGUGCAGCUGAUUGGCCUCGGUGCGGACGGCGCGCUGCUGGGCCUCGGUGCCGCGGCCAAGAAGCCUGCGCCGGUCGCGCACACGCUGCACGGCGUUGCGCUGCACGAUGCGCGUGCGACGCUCUUUGACGAGCUGUUUGGCGUGGAGGAUGCCGAGCACGAGCGCGUCGAGGCGAUGCUGCGUGCCGACCAGGAGCGCAUGACGGCGUCGGCCGCCGAUGCGUCGGUCGGCGAGGCGCUUGCGCUGUUCAGCGCGCCGUCGCACCUUCUCCCCCCGGUCACGACGCUGCUGGACGCGUACGUCGACGCGCUGCUGCCGAAAGCGCCCGUGUCGGUCGCCGAGCCGAUUGCCGCCGUCGAGACGCCUACGACGCCGCUCGAGGCGCCGAUGCCUGCGCUCACGACGCAGGACCGCAUUGCCGAGGCGCGCGAUGCGGAUCUCGACCACCUCACGAUUGCCUUUGACGCCAUGCUCCCGUCCGAGCCGGCCGCCGCGCCCCUGCCGAAAGGCAAAGGCGGCAAGCGGCGUGUGUCGAAAAGUAUGUAA